CCGCAUCAGGAUGGAGCCCAGACCCGACCCGGAGCCGCCCGCCGCCCGCCGAGCCCUCAGACCCGCCGCGCCACCACGGAGCGCCGCCUCGCACACCCCUCCGCACCGCUGGCAGCGCUGAACGGCCCCAUGGAGCACAGCGGACGCGAACGCGCCGGCUGGGCCCGGCUGGGCCUGGCCGCGGCCUGGCCGAAGCCGGCGGGGCCCAGCGCGGCUCCCGCCGGCGGCUCGUCCCAGGCGAGCCCGCCCUUCUCGUGGCUGCGGGUGCUGUCGCAGCUGCUGUCGCCGCUGCCCGCGCUGCUGCAGCGGCUGCUGCCCGGCCCCGCGCUCAGCACCGCGCUCUGCCCCGCCAAGGCUCCGCCGCCGCUGGUGCUGCUGCCCCAGGCGGAGCCCGCGCCGGGCUGGGCCGAGGAGCCCCCGGAGAAGCGGGCGGAGGGCGGCGCGGAGCCCCCGGCGGGGCUUUGGGGGGCCGGGCUGGUGCGGAGCGCCCUCGCCGUGGACUGGUACGUGCUGGGCAUGGAGCAGGGCAAGAGCCACCUGCCGCAGCCGCUGCGGGCCGAGCCCGUGCCCGAGGUCGAGUUCCUCCGCAGCAAGCGCCUGGCGUUCCUCCAGCGCUGGCACCUGCCCGUGCCCGACCCCGACCACGGCUACCACAGCCUGGAGGAGGAGCAGCAGCACAGGGAUGUUCGCCGGGAAGCUGCGGGGCGCUGGGACCAGCGGGGCGGUGCCGGGCAGCUGGAGCAGCCCGAGGAUCCAGGGAGACAGCCCGUGGAGCAGGAGGGGGUCCGGGAUGCGCCUGAGGAGGAGGAGGAGGAGGAAGCGUUGCCUGAAGGGGAUGGUGAGGACUCGGACACAGAGCAAAACCUCCCGGUUUCGACCAGACCUGCGUGUGCGAAUAAAUUAAUCGAUUAUAUCAUCGGGGGAGUUUUCAGCGGGGAGGAGAGUGAGGGUGAGGAGGACUGGGAUGAUGAUGGUGAUGAUGAUGACGAUGACGGGUUCGACAGCGAAGAGCUUCCCUCGGACUCAGACGCCGGCAGCCAGGACGGGGAGAGGCUUCACCUCUGGAAUUCCUUCUAUAGUUUGGAUCCCUACGACCCUCAGAACUUCACAGCCACCAUUCAGACAUCUUCCAGCAAUCCGGGAAGGGACAUGUCGGAUGUGGAAGAGGAGGAGGAGGAAGAAGAAGAAGAAGACGACGACUCGUGGGCAGAGUCCUCUUCAGGCUCUGCUCAUAGUUCUGAAGAGGAGGACGAGUGGGACUGUGGCAGCGUGGAUGAGGCAGAAAGCUUGAAACUUUGGAACUCGUUCUGUACCUCGGACGAUCCAUAUAACCCCCUAAAUUUCACGGCAGCCUUUCAGACAGCAGAGAAAAAAGGGACGCCGAGUUCGGUCCCUGCCGAGCACUUCACUGUGUGCCGGGUACAGCUGGAGAGACGCAGCUGCGGGCUCGGUGACUUGGGGCACCGUGGAAUUCUGUCCGGCGAGAAAGCUGCGAAUUCCAAGCGGAAAAAGGUCACCUUCCUUGAAAAAGUGACUGAGUAUUACAUAAGCAGCGAGGAGGAUCGGAAAGGACCCUGGGAGGAGAUGGCACGAGAUGGAUGCAGGUUCCAGAAACGGAUCCAGGAGACAGAGGAAGCCAUAGGAUAUUGCUUCACCCCAGAGCACAGGCAGAGAGUAUUCCACAGACUCCAGGAAAGCUCUUCCCAGAGGGUUGAUCUCUUCUAGCACCUUACCCCACCCGGUAGUUGUGUGACCCUAAAACACCCAUGAACACCUAAACAACAAGUGGCAGCUGCAUGUGCUAUUCUGGAAUGGGGAGAGAAGUGGGAUUGGAAUUGUCCCAGUUUGGUGUAUUCAGCCUACAAAUAUCCCUGCGUGUCCCAUUUUGAUAUCCAGGCAAAAUCCUGGAGGGUGAGGGUGGUCCAGCCUCGUUCCUUUUGAUUAACACUUGACACCCAGACUGCUUUAGGUGAAAUGCAUUCCAAAAAAAAAUGCCUUGUCUGCCGUCUGUUGGGAAGUGGUGACUGUUUAGUUGGAUUUUUGCACUUUGAAAAAAAAGCAAAACCUAUUUUGAAGGAGAUAUUUAUGGGGCUCAGCCCCUGGUAUUGCAGUUUUGAUUUAAAGUUUCCCGAGAGUUGUGGUGUUUUCUCGUCGUUCUCCAGCUUGUACAAAAGUCUCACAUGUUGUUCUCUAAUAACUUUGACUUAACUGUGUGAAUCCCUCCUUCUAGAUCCCAGUUUUGCAUGGAAUCCAGUGUUUUGAGUGUUUCUGUAGCAUUUGGAUGUCAAUAUUUCAGUCAGGCACACUGGGGGAGCUCUGGUGCAUUACAGACCCUUUGGUUUGAGUUAUUUAAAUAGUACCUUGAUCCAGGACUAUUCCAGAGGGUUCUGGCUGCUUGUGCACCACAUUUCUUGCCUUUUAAGGCAGGGAAAUUUCUCAUCCCAAUCAAUAAUUAAAGCUUCAAGGCACACGUGGAGGCUGUGGGUGAUGUUUGAAUUUAGGGAGCCACGCAAGGGAACUAGUCCCUAAUUAUUUAUUUAAUCUAAGAAUAACUUUGCUAUAAUUCUGCUUUAAAAUAGAGAUUGUGGUGGAUUCUUGUAUCCAGUCUGCUUGUUCUGGUACUUUUAAGGAGAAUUAUCUCUGAUUUGAGGAAAUCUGAAGGCAGCAAAUCACCGUGUUCUUUGCCAAAAGCCAGUAUUAACACUCUGUGUGUCUGCACUGGGUCACCUGGGACAAACAACAUUCCACCUUUGGAAAGCUGAGCUCCUUGGUGGAAGGACAGCACUCCUUAUUUACAUUCCUAACUUCAAAUAUUGAAUUAGUUCAGUUAAAAUAAAGAGCAGCACUGUUGGAGGGGGGUGUUUGGACCUGUUGGCCAAGCAGGUGUGAGGUCACCCAGACCCCAAAAAUGGAAUAAUUCCUGUCUGUUUGCACAAAGUUGGGUGAAAAAAAUAACCGAGUUGCUGCUUGGUUUGUUCAGCUGAGCAGAAUCGUUUCCCUUUUGUAGGGGAGAAACCUUAAAAGUACUUUAAAUUUGUGAUGAAUCGUUUCAAUUUUUAAUUUGCAAGAAAAAAUCGCAGCUCCCUGGAGGGAGAAGUUUCACUUUCUGCUUUACUGGGGGGUCAUUUGGGCCAGGUCUUAAUUCUGACUGAAAAAUUUCAGAGUUUUUUGGAUUCGUGCUUUAAUCUCCUUGCACUUGUGAGUUUUUAUAAAAUUGAUUUGCUGUGUUGCACUUAGAAAAUUCAGAGGAUUCACUGAAUUGCAGGAGAGCUGUGUGAGCUUCAAAUCCAGCCAACAAUUCCUGCAGCAUUCCAGAGGGGCUGCAUGAAGGCAAUGCAGCAACCUUGUUUUCCUUCCCCCCCUCAAAAAAUUGGAUUCUCUUUUCCUACAAAAAACUUUCAGCCGUGAAAUUGUAAAUUCUGAUCAGGCCCUCAAAUCCUGGGAAAUUAUCUGGGAAUUUCUAGGAGCUCGUUUUGCUGUCUCAUGUUGGAUCUGCUUUUUAGCUUAGGGAAAAGGGGUGAUAAACGUGGAAUUAGAGGAGAUUUGUUGAUUUAUGGUCAGUGUGGCUGAUCAGUACAAACCUGCUGCUCCUGGCAAGUCACACUACAGUCGUUUUUUCCAUGAAUUUCCCAAUUUCUUUGAUCUUGGAGAACUUGGUGCUUCAGUUUUUCGUGGGCGACUCGUUUUAUUGGUGCUUUGUGAGAAGCUUUGGAGUGGUGGGAACGAACACCUGCAAACGUUUGCAGAGGCUUGGAAAAACCUGUCCCUGGGAACAAACAGAAUUGAUAAAUUAUGUGUAAAUUAGAUCAACAACUGCUGCUCCCAAAGUGCUUAAACAUUGGAAAAAUGGCUUUUCCCCAUCCUGAAGUGUGUCCAGCACUCCCACCUGCUCAGGUGAGCUUUUCCACUGCUCCAACCUCACGUUUUCCAAGGAUCCAGUGUAAGGUGAGAGGGAAUCAACACUAAAUUCAUCACCAUAAACAUCUUUUAGAACUCGGUGUCACCCUUUCUUCCCUAGAAAAUUCCUUAAACUGGUCGUUCAGGCCGUGUCCAUGUGUCAGUGCUUGGGGUGAGACAGUAAAAAUAACACUUGUAGGACUUUAAAUCAAAACUGUGAUGAGCAGAUUUUAUUUUUGUAUAAUUUAGAGAAAACUUAGAAAACCUUCAGCAUUGGCUUUAUACAGAUUUUACUUGAUUUGUGUCGAGUUUGUUGGGUUUUUAUAUCUAAAGUUCUAUUUCUGUACAUAAUAAACUAUUCAGAACUAAUCUGUAAAUUGUAAUAAAGAUAUUUGCAAGAUAA